UUGGCGACCUUUACCAGCUACAAGGCAGUUUGUACCUUUGACCAGGGCCCAGUGCAGGGCAGCAUGGCUCCAGUAGAUGAAAAGGAAGUGCAGCCCGAGAGUCCUAACUCGCUGUGGGUUGGCUUGAGAUGGCUAAACAACAUUGUACGAAGCUUGAUACUGAAUUCUGACUAUCUGUUUCUCUGUGGGAGCUUGCUUAUCCUCCUAGAGGCUGCAGUGCUGGUGGCCAUCAUAUCCUAUGUCCCAUACACUGAGAUUGAUUGGACAGCGUACAUGCAAGAGGUGGAGGGUGUUAUCAACGGGACUUUUGACUACACCCUCCUCAAAGGAGACACUGGACCACUAGUUUAUCCGGCAGGCUUUGUGUACAUCUACACUGGGCUGUACUAUCUGACCAGCCACGGGUCAGACAUAUCCCUGGCUCAGUGGGUGUUUGCUGGGCUGUAUCUUGCCAACCUGACUACAGUUCUCCUCAUAUACCUUCAGUUGAAUAAGACCCAGCACUAUCCCCCGUACAUGCUAGCGUUCCUAGGAUGUACAGCUUAUAGGAUCCAUUCCAUCUUUGUUUUGAGGCUCUUCAACGACCCUGUGGCUAUGUUCUUGCUAUAUGUGGCCGUCCUCAUGUUCAUUAACCACUCGUGGACUAUUGGAUGUGCUGUGUUUAGCCUGGCUGUCUCAGUGAAAAUGAACGUGCUCCUGUUCUCCCCUGGACUGUUGGUCCUGCUCCUCCUCACUGGGGGCUGGAGGGGGACACUCCCUCGGCUGUCCCUCUGUGCCCUCAUUCAGCUGGCCCUCGGUGCACCCUUCCUAGCAGAGAACCCAGUGGGGUAUAUCCAGAGGGCAUUUGAUUUAGGUAGACAGUUUAUGUAUCAGUGGACUGUGAACUGGCGAUGUGUACCUGAGUGGCUGUUUUUGAACCGAGGAUUUCAUUUGGUACUGCUGGUACUGCAUCUUUGUGUCUUGGUAGCCUUUCUCAGCAAACACUGGACCAGGUUUUAUGGUGGAUUCAAGGCAUUGUUGCAAUGGUCACCCUCUCAAGGGAAAAGGCUCACCUGCCCAGACAUAGCUUGGGUACUGUUCUCCUCCAACUUUGUAGGGUUGUGUUUCUCACGUUCACUCCACUACCAGUUUUAUGUGUGGUACUAUCACAGCCUCCCGCUGUUGUUAUGGGCAACCGACCUGCCAGCCAGCUUUAGACUUUUUCUUCUGCUGACGAUUGAGUACUGUUGGAAUGUGUACCCCUCCACUGUGCUGUCCUCAGCGCUCCUGCAUUCUGCACACAUCUUCAUUCUACUGGCCUUGUAUCUAAGUCACAGAGAACCACCCUCUAAAUUAGACAAGAAACAAUGAUUUUUGUGUAAUAAUAAUUGUGCUCUCAUGCUUACAAUUUUGUAAUCUCGGUUAAGAAUCUGAUUGGGGUGACAAUUCAUCAAA